CACUCACCGGACAGGAAGCGUCUCAGAAACAGUCUGCGACCGGACGGCUCUAGGUGAGGCAGAAGGCAAGCGGGAGGAAGUGGAGGGGCUGAGCUUCUGAAGUACUUCAACCAUGACAAAAAGAGAAGCAGAGGAGCUGAUAGAAAUUGAAAUUGAUGGGACAGAGAAAACAGAAUGCACAGAAGAAAGCAUUGUAGAACAGACCUACACAGCUGAAUGUGUAAGCCAGGCCAUAGACAUCAAUGAGCCAAUAGGCAAUUUAAAGAAACUACUAGAACCAAGACUACAGUGUUCUUUGGAUGCUCAUGAAAUUUGUCUACAAGAAAUUCAGCUGGAUCCAGAAAGAAGUUUAUUUGACCAAGGAGUAAAGACAGAUGGAACUGUACAACUUAGUGUACAGGUAAUUUCUUACCAAGGAAUGGAACCAAAGCUCAACAUCCUUGAAAUUGUUAAACCUGCGGAAACAGUUGAAGUAGUCAUUGAUCCAGAUGCUCAUCAUGCCGAAGCAGAAGCACAUCUUGUUGAAGAAGCUCAAGUGAUAACUCUUGAUGGCACAAAACACAUCACAACCAUUUCAGAUGAAACCUCGGAACAAGUGACCAGAUGGGCUGCCGCACUGGAAGGUUACAGGAAAGAGCAAGAGCGCCUUGGGAUCCCGUACGAUCCUAUACAGUGGUCUACAGACCAAGUCUUACAUUGGGUAGUUUGGGUCAUGAAGGAAUUCAGCAUGACUGAUAUAGACCUCAGCACACUCAACAUUUCAGGACGAGAAUUAUGCAGUCUCAACCAAGAAGAUUUUUUUCAGCGGGUCCCUCGGGGAGAAAUUCUCUGGAGUCAUCUGGAGCUUCUUCGAAAAUAUGUAUUGGCAAGCCAGGAACAACAGAUGAACGAGAUAGUUACUAUUGAUCAACCUGUCCAAAUUAUUCCAGCAUCAGUUCAGUCUGCAACACCAACUACCAUUAAAGGUAUAAACAGCAGUGCAAAGGCAGCUAAAGUACAAAGAGCUCCAAGGAUUUCAGGAGAAGAUAGAAGUUCACCUGGGAACAGAACAGGAAACAAUGGCCAGAUUCAACUGUGGCAGUUUUUGCUAGAACUUCUUACCGACAAGGAUGCUCGAGACUGCAUUUCUUGGGUUGGUGAUGAAGGCGAGUUUAAACUAAAUCAGCCUGAACUGGUUGCACAAAAAUGGGGACAAUGGAAAAAUAAACCUACAAUGAACUAUGAGAAACUCAGUCGUGCGUUAAGGUAUUAUUAUGAUGGAGACAUGAUUUGUAAAGUUCAGGGCAAGAGAUUUGUGUACAAGUUUGUCUGUGACUUGAAGACUGUUAUUGGAUACAGUGCGGCAGAGUUGAACCGUUUGGUCACAGAGUGUGAACAGAAGAAACUUGCAAAGAUGCAGCUCCAUGGAAUCGCCCAGCCUGUCACAGCAGUCGCCCUGGCUGCAGCUUCUCUGCAAGCAGAAAAGGAUAACUGAGCCCAGGAUCUGCUGGGAUUUCAAGGUAUACACAUAUAUGAAGACAUAAUAUUCAGAAGGAAAGAUUUUUCAAAAGGUAAUAACUCAUUUUUUUAAUGUUAAAAAAUUAAUUCUUUUAUAUAUGAAACUCUUUACUUACCACAAGCUAACACUAAGCAGAAGUGGCUAGAAAUAUGUAUCUUUUUUGUUUGCUUGCUCGCUCUCCUUGCUAUCUUUUGUUUUGUUGUUUGUUUUAAGGUAUUAUGUACAAAUCCUGAUGUGAGAUACUGGCAAAUAACUUCUAAUCCUCUUAUAGCAGAAGAUUUAUUCUCAAAUAUUUCUUUAUGCACUUUCUCCCUCAUCAUUUACUUUAAAUUCAUUCCUCUAAACAGCUUUAUAAGGUUUGGUUAAUGCUUUUGACUAACCAGGAGGAAAGGGCCAUGGUAAGAUAGGCAACGUGGCAUUGCUAGCAGUUGCUGCCAUCAAUAUACUAAAUAGCAUUUGGAAUGAACCGCAGGAGACAGGGCUCUUAGGAGCAAGGAGAGGAGAGGUCUAUGAUUUCCUUGUCUGAUAACCUCAAAUCAUAAUUUUAAGUGCUGUGCUAUAGGGCUACAAAGUAUAAUGUCGGUCCAUUUAUAUGACUGUAUUAAGUCCUUUAAGACUCUGCAGUACACACCUAAAAAAGAAUUAAGUUUGUAACAUCCCACUGUUAUCAUUUUAUAAACACACACAAAAUAGACUGACAAAUUAUUAAUAUAUAUUGGGUGCAGUGGUUGCAAGAAUAUCUGAGUAGACUAGCAAUAAGAAAUAAUAACAAAAGCUCUACUUUCAGAUAACCAAUAGCUAAAAAUAAGGUUUCAUACCAUCCACUUAUGGCCUAGGGUCGUGGUUGGCAAACUGCGGCUCUUUGGCCCCUUGAGUGUGGCUCUUCCUAAGCCUUAGGAGUACCCUAAUUAAGUU